AUGGAUUUAGCACACAUAUUCCAGGGGAAUUUCUCAGUGUUCCAGCUGGAGCCGGGGAGUUUCAACCUGAGCGACGGCACUGUCGUCGACAAUGCGUACCCUUCGCUUUUUUUCACCAACGCCUCCGACUGGACCGCUCUGAACGAGUAUCUGUCGUCGUAUCAGGCGACCAUCAUCGACACCGUUCUACCGCUGACAAGAGACGAUUUUCACGAUUCGGUGAUAGUCAUCAGUUUCGUGCUCUGCACAGUGACCGUGGGGUUCUGGCUUUUAUUUCUGGUCCAGUCGAUCGCUACAGAAAAACGUCCUCUGCAUCUGCAACUGACCACUACGCUUCUUGCCGUCUUUUCCACAAUCAUCCUUGUUCGCUUUACAUGCUUGAUGAGGGAGGAAUUUGACGGCUGUUUCCAGGACCGGAUAAUGGUUAUCGAGCGACUCUUCAACAAACUCUACUAUACGGUGCCCGUGUGCAUUCUGCGAGCGUUCACAUACAUAUCGUGGUACUCGCUGUGCGACCGGCUGGUGUCAGAGUUCAGAACAAGAACCGCCAAGAGCGGCAACAAGAUGUACAGGUGUCUAGUGGCCGCCAACGUUGUGAACGCGGUGUUCAUGGUGCUGGUGGUGGUUUUCACGUCGCUACACUAUUUCUCAACGACUAAGAAGAACCACUACGUCCGCUACUGGGUCAAUGUCACGGUACUGGUGUUCACGUCGCUCGUCUGUUUGUACAUUUGGGUGCUGGUAAUGAUGUUUUGGCUGCUACGUGUGGACAGACGGUUCAAGUUUGAGAACCUGGGGCUUUUGGUGACCACCUUUUUUUGCUACUGGUUCAACACGGGGAUGCAGCUCAUGGGGUCGGCGCUGGUGGCACGCGACCCCAGAUGGAUGGUGCAGGUGAACUUGUUUUUUGAGAUUUUGUCCAUCCAUCUGCUCGUGGAUUUCGUGAGCGGACUGGAGAAGUACAACCGCAAGACAGAGUCGCAUAAUAUAGUGGGGAGAGAAACGAUUGCUGCAGCGCGCAAAACCAGCGACAUGGAGACGCGAAUGCACGGCUCUGGCAUCGGGCUGGAACUGGACGGCGAUAGCGAGACGAUUUCCAAUUCGAGCGAUAGUGAAGCCGAGCAAUCAAGAUAG